UGUCCCUUCUUUGUAGACUUCGCCUCGGCCUUUCUGACAUUACCUUCAGACCCAGUGGGUUCCUGACCAAACACCAGGUCCUAAUCAUUCCCCUGCUCCUUCUCCAGGCCUGUGCAGUCUGGUUUGGGCUCACACCCAACCAGAUGCAAUGCUCCUGAACAGCCCCAGGAGACGCUGUUUUGACCGAUCCAUCUCUCUCCUCCCCCAUGGCCAUCUCUGUUUUCCAAGAGCAAACGGCAGCACACCAGUUGAUCUGCUACUUGCCGCCUCCAUUGACACUUCUAAUCUCACCACCGCCUCUGCUGUCUGCCGCUCUCUUCCCUCUUCGGGCCACUUUUUUUCUCCUUGUUAUUCUCCGCUCUCUCCUUUGCCUGCCACUGCAGCUAAACGUCUCAGCUUCGGCUUCUCGGGAACCAAAAUCCCGCCUUCUGGCCAGCGGACCAAUCACGCGGUGUUGUUGGUAAUCUCUCCAUCUUCGGUUCAGCCCAGCUAUUUUGGUCCCUGCUCACACUCUGAGAUCUUUCUCACUUUCCUCUGGGUUUACACCUUUUUCAGCACUUAAAGGGUGACAGACAUCUUAGAGUUGGUUAACUGAGUUGUAAAGGUUAGAAUUCUGACACGGCUGGUGAUUGAUUAACGGAUCCAGGUGUAAAAAGAUGAAAGAACUGGUUAAAGUCAUACGGCUAUCUGCUGCCCUAUGACUCACGGGCAUCUGCGUUGCACUCAGGGAAGGCCUUACAGUCAGCAGUCGCCACUAUGCAGCAGUUUUACGGGAUCCCAGUCACCGGUGUGUUGGAUCAGACAACAAUCGAGUGGAUGAAGAAACCCCGAUGUGGUGUCCCUGAUCACCCACACUUGAGCCGAAGGCGGAGAAACAAGCGCUAUGCCCUGACGGGACAGAAGUGGCGGCAGAAGCACAUCACCUACAGCAUUCACAACUACACCCCAAAGGUGGGUGAGUUAGACACGCGGAAAGCUAUUCGCCAGGCUUUCGAUGUGUGGCAGAAGGUGACCCCGCUGACCUUUGAAGAGGUGCCCUACCAUGAAAUCAAAAGUGACCGGAAGGAGGCCGACAUCAUGAUCUUCUUUGCUUCUGGCUUCCAUGGCGACAGCUCCCCGUUUGAUGGCGAAGGGGGAUUCCUGGCUCAUGCCUACUUCCCUGGCCCAGGGAUUGGUGGAGACACUCACUUUGAUUCAGACGAGCCAUGGACAUUAGGAAAUGCCAACCAUGAUGGGAAUGACCUCUUCCUGGUGGCUGUGCAUGAGCUGGGCCACGCGCUGGGACUGGAGCACUCCAACGACCCCAGCGCCAUCAUGGCACCCUUCUACCAGUACAUGGAGACACACAACUUCAAGCUGCCUCAGGAUGAUCUCCAGGGCAUCCAGAAGAUCUACGGACCCCCCGCGGAGCCCCUGGAGCCCACAAGGCCCCUCCCCACACUCCCCGUCCGCAGGAUCCACUCACCGUCUGAGAGGAAGCAUGAGCGCCAGCCCAGGCCCCCUCGGCCGCCCCUGGGGGACCGGCCAGCCACACCGGGCGCCAAACCCAACAUAUGUGACGGCAACUUCAACACGGUGGCCCUCUUCCGGGGCGAGAUGUUUGUGUUUAAGGAUCGCUGGUUCUGGCGCCUGCGCAAUAACCGGGUACAGGAGGGCUACCCCAUGCAGAUCGAGCAGUUCUGGAAAGGCCUGCCCGCCCGCAUAGACGCAGCCUAUGAAAGGGCUGAUGGAAGAUUUGUCUUCUUCAAAGGUGACAAGUACUGGGUGUUUAAGGAGGUGACAGUGGAGCCUGGGUACCCCCACAGCCUGGGGGAGCUGGGCAGCUGUCUGCCCCGAGAAGGCAUUGACACAGCCCUGCGCUGGGAACCUGUGGGCAAGACCUACUUUUUCAAAGGCGAGCGGUACUGGCGCUACAGCGAGGAGCGGCGGGCCACGGACCCUGGCUAUCCCAAGCCCAUCACCGUGUGGAAGGGCAUCCCCCAGGCUCCCCAAGGGGCCUUCAUCAGCAAGGAAGGAUAUUACACCUACUUCUACAAGGGCCGGGACUACUGGAAAUUCGACAACCAGAAACUAAGCGUGGAGCCAGGCUACCCGCGCAACAUCCUGCGUGACUGGAUGGGCUGCAACCAGAAGGAGGUGGAGAGGCGCAAGGAGCGGCGGCUGCCCCAGGACGAUGUGGACAUCAUGGUGACCAUCAACGACGUGCCAGGCUCUGUGAAUGCAGUGGCCGUGGUCAUCCCCUGCAUCCUGUCCCUCUGCAUCCUGGUGCUGGUCUACACCAUCUUCCAGUUCAAGAACAAGGCAGGCCCUCAGCCUGUCACCUACUAUAAGCGGCCAGUCCAGGAGUGGGUGUGAGCAGCCCAGAGCCCUCUCUGUCCACUCGGUCUGGCCAGCCAGGCCCUUCCUCACCAGGGUCUGAGGGGCAGCUCUGGCCACUGCCCACCGGGGCCAGCAUGGCCCUAGGCCAGGGGUCAUGUAGCUGAAGUGGUGGUGCAUUGGCCUAGGCUGAGCAUGGGGCAGGGAGUGAUGGCAGCUGUGCCCCAGGGUGGGUGUCUGGCACCCAGCUGCCAGCCUUCUGUCCUGGGUAAACUGCUCCCUCCUCAAGGGAAUAGGCCAGGCCCCAUCAGGAGGCAGGGACCAUGCCAGGAGGAGGCCCAUGGUCACUGCGCCCUGUGGCAUCCAUGAGGCACCACAGCACCAUCUGUACCUGGCUGGACCCAGCACCUUCUGUGGGAAGCCAGCGCUAGCGCUCUCAGCCCCAUCUGGGAGAUGCCACCAGUCCUGGUCCCCCAUUGCCAACACCUGCUGGUCAGAUGUCCCCCCACCCCUACCCCACUGUCCUCCAAGGCUACAGGACCCCUGCUGCCGACACAGUGGGCAACAAGCCUGGGUUUCCUCUGCUGGCAACAGCAGAUCCCUCAGGAAACCUGCUCCACAUGUCAGGGUCUCCUCUGAGACCCAGGAUUUAGGGUCACAUGCUGCAGGCAGGGCUGUGGCCCAGCUGGGUCUGACAAGGACCCGGCUGUCAUGUCGUGAAUAUUUCAAUGUCCUGUCACUAUUGUUUAAAGUCCCAUUCUGCAAAGGCUGCUUGAGGCUUUAGGUGAAUUAGAGGUGACUGUCUUGGUGAUGAGGCCAGCCCUCUGCCCAGCGAUAAGGACCAAGGUGCUGUUAAGGCCACUCUAGUGCCCAGACACGCCAGGAGCUGGGCCCUGCUAAUGAGGCUAAAGGGCUGGAGCAGGAGCUGACCCCAUCUCUGGAGGCUGAUCUGAGUUUGUAGCUGUCCUCCACUCUCCCGUUCCUCUCCCCAUCCCCCAAGUCCCUGGCCCUGCUCCAGCCUGUCGCUUGUGGCCUGAGGACUCAGCCUGACUAGUGAGGUGAGACGGAAAUAGCUCUGGGCCAACAUUCUCACGGCCUUGGGGUUAGGGGCCCAGGGCAGCCUUCUAAAGUGCUCAGAGCCCACACCCCUAGCUACCCUGAGACCAAUUCAAUCUCUCAGCCCAGAAGCAGUGUUUAUACCAUGAGCUUGGCCCCUGCUAACCCAGCUCUCUGGGCCCAUCACCCUGCACUGCUCUUCGGAAAAGGGCAGCCACAACUGGUAACAACCCCAAGCCUAGGGGCCCGCCCCUCACUGUCUCUGGCAGGAAUUCCUAGGGCUCGGCUUGCCUCACGCCAACCCAGUAAGAGGCAGCCCUGCUUGUCACUAAGGAGCCGGAGGCAAAACCAAUGGGUUCAACUAUGUCCACUGGCUCCCUGCCAAAUCCAAGCGGAGUUGUCAGUCUUCAGGGUGCCGGCAGGGCCUCUAAGCCUGCAUGGGCCUUGCCCCCACCCCGUGGCCUCCGGGCUUUGAGUCUGCUUAACCUGUAGCAGACAGGGACUCUGGGAGCUGUCUUGAGCAAAAUCUCUCAUCCCAGAGACACCUAUAUGGGUCCACUGUGUUCCCCGUCAUCAUCCUUGUUUUUUCUCAUUUUGGCCAAGGGCGGGCUCCCUGGGGCGGGUGGGGAACAACUGCAGAGAUAUUAGUGAUUCAUAGGUUUGUACAGUGUUUUAUACUUUGCAAAGCACUUUAUUAGCUUACCCCUGUCCGCUCACAUGUAACUCAUGCAGUCCCUGGGAGGCCAAGGAUAACUCUCACUGUGCCCUCAAAUGAA